AUGAACCGCCAGAACAAACCCCGAAGCAAUAGUGAUUGGCAGGCAAACUACGAGCGGACAAGGCCGAAGAGCACCAUAAGUAAACCACCGCCGACACUCGGAGCAGGGAGACGCAAAGGAGCGAAGUCCACGAGGGUGCGAACGUACCAAAACAUACCCAUCAACGACAUUGAUGCCAAUGUGGUGCAAGACAACGGCUGCUUCAAACUACAAAACCAGCCCAAUGCCCUUCAAGCGAUUCCCUACACAAUACCGAAGCAUGAACACGGUGUACCCCUUCGUUACGAUUGCUUCAUACCCGUUAGAGAAACAUACGAAUUCUUUCCAUGUGAGCCUUACGGUGGUGCAGAAGAUAUUCUUGGCUUCAGGGAAUAUCGUGGAGUUGAUAUGAUAAUGACGAAAACUGGUGCUUACAAGGUGCCGACUUUGCCAACUCAUGUCUUUAAACCAUACAAACUUCUCCUCUAUCGUGGCCGAAAAAACGCACAACCGGACGAAGAUGAUCACCAUCGCUUCGUAUACUUGGCAGAGAACAAGCCCAACGAGAUGAAGGUAGGAGAUUGCUUUAUCCGGUUUGAAGAGGUUCACAAUCGCAUGAGAGGGGAUGUGGCUCCAUUUAUGGAUGAUUGCGAGUUGGCUGUCGAAUACGCGACCCAGAACAGAAUCAUCAAUGGAAAUGGCCUCCAAGCAGAAAAGGAUGCUGCCAGUGCCAGAAUCCAAGAGCUUCGGCAACAAUUUGGCGGCUUGCUCAGAUUUCGUUGUUGGACUGUUGAAGGACAGCAAUCUUAUGCUGAUGAGGAUACACUCUGCCAAAAGCUGUUCGAUAACGUUCAGGGAAUGACAACGCGUGAUCAUCUCGAGCUGUUUCGCGUUUGGGCAGAGCUACUCCGAAAAUCACAGGGCGAUAAACUUGGAUCUAAAGAAUUCUUUGGGCGUUACUGGGAUGCUGUCAUUCCUGACGUAUCCAGACCGCUAUUUCACGACGGAAUGAAGAUCUUAGUGUCCGUUACAUAUCUCAACUAUCUUGGUUACAGCGAUAGUAAUCCUCUGACACCUGAAAAACGGGAAAAGACAAGAAAUGAUGUGCACGGGGCCGUUCAACGGGUGAUCGACGCGCCAAGGCUCAAGUUCAAGCCUCCCUUGCCCUUGACUAGCAUCAUAUUUCCGGACGAAGAGCAGAAUCUACCCCUUGGAUGGACGCCUCUUAACCCGGAUAAUGCCAGAAACUACAGGGAACUAUCCGGUAACGGAUGGCGGACACUUGAGGCGCAUCCCGGGGGGCUUUACAGUAUUCUCAUCAAUCAGUCUGUCAGAGACUUCUUCCUAAACCUCACCCUCUACAAACAACUUUGGCAGGAUGGGUACCCUGCUCCUACGCAGACGAACGCUGAAGGUCUUCAUGUUCGGCUGACUAAAUGUGAGAGGACAUCCGAAACAGUUACGACAGUGGAUAAGACCAACCUAUCCGCCGCCUCUGCGAAUCCUAAGCGGGUCCCGACGCAGGAUAGAUGCGUGGCAGACCCUGCGUGUUCUGCAAACGUGGCCCUAUCAAUGGCAUAUCCGGACAUUUAUUCUGACUCGGGCAAGGCUAAGAAGAAGAGAGUCGCAGAGUGGCUUCAUAGGUCGGCAUUCAGCUACGGAGGAGGCAUCACAUACGAGUCUUUUGUCAAAAGAGUCGUAUUAUUCGGAAACAAGCGUAACGGUGAUGUAGUCAAGGUUACAACAAAUAUCACCUACCCACAUGGUCUUGUAGGUUGGCAACAGAACUGGGUCGGCGACAUUUUCCAUCAAUACACGUGGUUAGCCCCCGAGCUUUCCUAUUCUUACGAGAAUAUGGUUCUUAGCAAUCCUCAUAUCUCCCAGCGCAGGCCGAUAUAUCCUAUGAACCGCGAGACAGCCAUGCUCUUUGAGACCCUUCUAGACAAAUCUAUGGAGGAGAAGUGCUGGGGAUGGGAAUGCUGGAAUAAGAAUAGUGCUGUUGCAGAUGCGCUCAUGGAGUCAACGGUUGUCGAUGGUGAUCAGGAAGAAUUGAAUAAGGAAGACCUGAAAGAUAUGCUGCACGAGGAGCUAAAGGAGCGAGAUCCGCAAGUUUGA